AUGUUUUUCGAAAAUGGUAUUGUACCGGAUACUCUGUCAAAUCUUCAAGAACUGCAUACUCUUAGUAUGACUAACACACCUAUCACUAAAAUGACCGAUAAACUAGCAACUCUUCAACGCCUUCAGAGUUUGACUUUGGAUAAGUGUUCGCUUACUGAUUUACCAAACCUUAGUGGAUUGUCUAAUUUAAUUAGACUUUCCCUUCCAAAUAAUCGGUUAUCCAAACUUGAAGGAUUGAUAAAAGUUAAUUCGCUAUUACUUUAUAAGAAUCUCUUCACUAAAAUACCAAUUCUAGCAGUACCUGAAGCACUUCGUAGACUCGAUAUGAACUACAAUCCUGUGACGAAUAUGUAUAUCGUUACUUAUUUUACCAAUCUAACAGAGCUUAGACUUAGUGAAACAAAGAUUUCGGUCAUUCCUCCAGAGAUUUAUUAG